CUAGCUUCUUAACCCUUUACAGGUGAGAGGGUUUUUCCUCUGGCCAGGAGGGAUUUUAAAGGUGUUUACUCUUCCCUUUAUAUUUAUGACAGCACCAAAUAGGCAGUUAGAAUGUUUUACGGGUUUGCACCAGAGCUCCACAGGCCUUUUCCAUCUGCACUAAAUCAAGGUAGCGCAGACUAACACUCCCAACCCUCCAAGAAGACAAGCCCCAGACACAGCCCCUGCCUGCGGGUAGUGUGGGGGCAGAGUGAGGGCAGCUGACUUCAGCACUGUUACUGAGCAUGCUCAGUCCAUGUGAGCAUGUUCAGUAGAAGCCAAACAGCAAAUCUAGAGGGCACAUGACCCCGCAUGCAGUAUUUUGCAUUCAGGACAUGCCAGGAAUAUCUGAUAUCCAAGCUUAAUGUAUAAAACGGUUGGCUACAUUCCUAUGAGAGUCUUGGUGAAUUAUAAACUUGUUGAUUAAUAACUAUCCUGAUUUGAGAAGUACUGUCAAAGGUAAAAGUAAACCUGAGAAAAACCUAGCAUUGAAAUUAGUGAACUAAUGCUCUUGGGUUCUGCUCUGACCUCUGCCACUUGCCUGUCAGGUAACCUUGGGCAAGUCACUUCACCACUCUGUGCCUCAGUUUCCUCAUCUGUAAAAUCAGGAUAAUGACCCUGCCUUCCUUUUAAAAAGUACUUAGACAUCUACCGAUGAAAAGUGCUAGACAAAAGCUAGGCAUUAUUAUUAUGAUGAAUAAUGAUUUCCCUUUUUUAGGGUUUUGAAAAUCUCACUCGGCACCUACAUAUCUUAAAAAAUAUGGCCCUUUGCUCUUGUCCAAGAGGGGAGGUAAUUUUUAUUCACGCUCUUCAAACCUAUUUGUAUUGGUUUGUGCUCUAAUAUCCAUUUAAAUCCAAACACUUGGCGGAAAAGAUCAAUUUAAGUGAAGUGAAACUUGGGGGUACACAAGACAAAUCAGACUCCUGAAAGGGGUACAGUACUCUGAAAAGGUUGAGAAUCAUUGGUCUAGCAGACCAGUAUUCCUACAUUGGUAAAGCACUUCUAGUGUAGACUUUAACUGUAGGUGCUUCUGAAAAUGUUAAACUUGGUGCAAGUUAUCUGGACCGAUUGAAUUUAAAAUAUCUCACUUUAUAAGUAUAAUAGUGUGUUGCUGUGUAUAAUUCUUCAGUGAUGAAUGUUUGGCUGUAUUUUCCCAACAAAGCUGUUAAUAGUUCAGUUUCCACAGUAGGAAAGUGUCCAGAAACUGUGGUUUAGAAAUGGUCUGGGUUUAAAAACAUGAAAUAAAUUUGUAGCAAGUAUUCCCUAAUAGUGAGAGCUAUUUUGACCAUUUUCCCCCCAGCACAGGAUUUUCCAUUCCCAAACCUGACGUGAUCUUCCUGAUGGAGCCAGCGUGGGUCCCAGUUCUCCAAGGCUCUGAGGAAAGGGACAGCCUGAGCGGCACUGACACAGCAGGUGAUGGGACAGUGAGUGAGAACGAGGAGGAGAAUCCUCAGCAGGAAGGUCCUGAGCAGGUGGAACCACAUGGGACAGUAUCAGGACUAUCUAAAGGGAACAUUUUACAGAGAUCUGGGAGGAGAGACACCUGUGAGAGUCAGAGCAGGCCAGAGAGACAGCAGAGAAACCAGCCAAGGAAAACGAAAGGUAAAUCCACUCCUGUUGGGGGAGAUUUCACGGAAUUCAUUGAUACCACAGUUCAGCAGAGAAUCAAUAUGGGAGCAAAACCUCACAUGUGCCACAUCUGUGGAAAAAUAUACAGGUCGAGCUCAUCUUUUACUAAACAUUGGAGACUCCACACAGGAGAGAAACGUUAUAAAUGUACUGACUGUGGGAAAAGCUUCAUUCAGAGCUCACACCUUAUGCAACAUCAGAGAAUCCACACCGGCGAGAAACCCUACAAUUGCAAUGACUGUGGGAAAGGCUUCAGUGACAGCUCGCAUCUUAUUAAACACCAGAGAACCCACACGGGACAGAAGCCCUAUAAAUGCCCCGAAUGCGGGAAAAGCUUCUGUGAUAGCUCAACACUCACUAAACACCGGAGAAUCCACACAGGAGAGAAGCCCUACAAAUGCCCCAACUGCAGGAAAAGCUUUGGUCGGAGCUCAGACCUCAUUAUCCACCAAAGAAUCCACACAGGAGAGAGGCCCUAUAAAUGUAGUGACUGUGGGAAAAGCUUCACUGAUCGAUCAACCUUUAUUAAACAUCGGCGAAUCCACACGGGAGAGAAACCGUAUAAGUGCCCUGAGUGCGGCAAAAGCUUCAGUGACAACUCAGCCUUUAUUCGGCAUCAGAGAAUCCACACAUCUUCCUGGGUUAUUCGCUGUGCACCGGCAGCACUGCUGCUCCCCAGCCGGGGCUGUGCAGGGGAGAGACCUGCAUUAACCCCCCUCUGCGCCCAGCGGGGUGGGGGGGGACUUUCUGCGGUGCCUGGAACCAGCCCCUGGAGCAGCCCCGGGCUCUGCCGACACCAGCCCGUGAGCCGGAGCCUGCAGUGUAUUCCCAGACCUAACGUGAUCUCGCAGAUGGAACGAAGGGAAGAGUUAGAGGAGCCGGAUCUCCGAGGCUCUGAGGAGAGGGAGAUCCUGAAACACAGCUGCCCAGGUGCUCCUCCGGAAGAUCCUGAGCAAGUGGACCCAAACGGGAUGUUUUCAGAAAGAGCCAAAGGAAAUGUUUCCCAGAAUCCUGAGCAGAGUCAGCACAUAUCAGAGAGGGAGAAGGGAAACCACAAAGGGGAAAGAAUGGAAAAAUCCAUUGACUACCAGGGUGGUUUCAAUGUUCUUAAUGAAACCACGAUCCAGCUGAGAGUCCACAUGGGGGAGAGAUCCUACGAGUGUGCUGAAUGUGGGAAAGCCUUUAGUUGGAGAUCACACCUUACUGCCCAUGAGAGAAUCCAUACAGGAGAAAAACCCUAUAAAUGUCUGGACUGUGGGAAAAGUUUUAGUCAGAGAUCCCACCUUACUACACAUGAGAGAAUCCACACUGGUGAGAAGCCCUAUAAAUGCCCUGACUGCAAGAAAAACUUCCGUCGCAACUCACAGCUUAUUAAUCAUCUGAAAUCGCACACGGGACAGAAGCCAUAUAAGUGUCCCGACUCUGGGAAAAGCCUCCAGCAGGUUUCAGACCUUACUGCGAACAGCAGAGAGAUGCCUUACAAAUGCCCAGACUGUGAGAAAAGCUUCAGUCAAAUGUCUCACCUUGUUCGACAUCAAAGGUUCCACACGGGAGAGAAGCCUUAUAAGUGUCUGGACUGCGGAAAGAGCUUCUGUCAGAGCUCAGACCUUAUUACACACCAGAGAACCCAUACAGGGGAGAAAUCCUACACAUGCUCUGAGUGUGGGAAAAGCCUCAAUAGAAUCUCACACCUUGUUGCACAUCAUCGUUCGCAUACUGGAGAGGCGCCUUACCAAUGCCCCGAUUGCGAGAAAAGCUUCAGUCAGAUGUCGCACCUCAUUAGACAUCAGAGGUUCCACAAGGGAGAGAAACCCUACAAGUGCCUGGAAUGUGGGAAAAGCUUCUGUCAGAGCUCAGACCUUAUUACACAUCAGAGAAUCCACACAGGAGAGAAGCCCUAUAAAUGCCCCGAGUGCGGGAAAGGAUUCAGUCGGAGCUCAAACCUUAUUGCCCACCAGAGAACCCACACAGGAGAGAAACUCUAUCAGUGCUCCCACUGUGGAAAGAGCAUGACCCGGAGUUCAAACCUCGUUCGACAUCAGAGAACUCACACCAGAGGAAAACUCUGUAUAAAAAAAGCCUGGCUCCAACCUAGCCAUGGUGAAUAAUACACUGGCCUUUUCCCGUUAAUGAUGGCUGUGUUUGGAUCCAAUUCCUCAAAAGUAGUGAGGCUCCUAAUUUCUGUUGAAAUCAAUAGAUGUCAGGAACAUAAAUAGCUUUUGAGAAUCUGGGCUUUGGCUCCAGUGUACGCCUGGAGUCAAGAGAUAGCAGCAGGGAGGAUGGGAACCAGAGAGGAUGGUUCUGGAGGGCACAGUUGCCUGGGAGUUGUGAUGCAGAUGAUGAACAUAGGCAUAUCUUCAAAGACCAUUAUACUGAGAUAGAUCAUGCACAUGAAUUUGCAGAAUGUUCAUAGUACUUUGUAUCAAUGCAGGCAUGUGUUUUCAUGCGUUCUUCAAACCUGUAGGGAGUGAUUUAAUGCAAAACUCCCAAACCUGGCUAUAUAGAUGUCCAAUCUUUGAAGUCUGACCUCCUGGACCAUAGGGGGAGUUAUUAAAACUGGUAACUAACUCAGCUUCCCUGAACAGAAGAUUCACUCAUGGUAAUCAGGUUGAUUUUUGUAUUGAAUUAACUGGAUUUGACUAUUACUUUCAGCAAAUUGAAUAUUCUCUAUUAAGCUCUUACAUUUACCUUUUUUAUUUUACUUUUCCUUUUUCUCUAGAACCAUCUUUCUUUUGUUUUCUGCAAUUUCUGAUUUAUUGUUAACAGUAUUCUAGUUAAGAAAACUGAUACAUUCAGAAGCACUGGUGGAGUGGUUUGGAUUUGCAAUGUCCUGAACUGGACACGGGAGACAGAAUUGGGAUGAUGUGGUUUUUUUCUUACUUGAAAUGCAGAGGAAUAAAGUGUAACUGAGUUUCCUAAACUCUGAGUCUUACAACACAAGUGAAAAUGAGGUGAGAUUGGGGCCUGUGGGAAAGUCUGUUGAUAACACUGUCCUAGCGCGGCAAAUCUGCAGAUAUCUGCAUCCAUGAAUAUCGGCGGACCAUGUUUGCGGAUGGAUACGGAUCCAAAUUUUAUACCUAGAGCCCUGCAAUGCUGCGGAUAUCCACUUGGUAUCUGCAGAUCAUGUUUGCGGACCACAGCUCAGAUACAGAUACAAAUUUUGUAUCUGCCCAAGGCUCUAGUGACUGUAAUUACAUCAGAGGUCUGCUUUUUGAUAUAGUCACCCUCACAGAACCAUCAGUACAUUACUAUUGCCCGUUUAGUUUCAUUCUUAAUGCAUUACACUAUAACAGUUCUGACAUAUACAUAUGCCGGGGUAGCCAAACUUACUGACCCUCUGAGCUGUUUACGACAAUCUUCAGUGGUUCAAGAGAUGCAGUGCACCUGUGCUUCUGCUGAAGCUCCGAGCCUCAGCUGGCAUGCCCUGUGAGGCUGAAACCCCUAGCCUCACCACCUGGCUGAAGGGCAGAAGCCCUCUCACCACCACAGGGCAGAAGCCCUAAGCUCUCCCUGCUUCCAAUCUGGCAGGCAGAGAAUAGGAGGGUGUUGGGGGCUCCAUGGGCAUUUAAUUGGAGAAGAGCUGCAUGUGGCUCACAAGCUGUGGUUUGGCUACCCCUGACAUAUACCCAUUAAAAAAUCCUAUGACUAAGAUAGCUCCAUGGCUGAAUUCCUUGUACCUGCCCCAGUUAGAAUCUGAGUUAUCACAUGCACUGUAUUUCUCCUGUCACCACUCGCUUUAUUUUCAGAUUGAUUUAUUCUUCUAGGAGCAAGUAUCAAAGAGUUAAUUCCAGCAUAAGGCAUGUGUAAAUAAUUAUUAAUUUAGGUGGAGUCUAAAAUACCUGGGUUCAGUAUAAAACUACAUAACAAGAGAAUCAAUUGAGGCGUUAAUCUGCUCGUUGUAUGAGUUAGCAGAACUGACAGGGUAUCUACAUUGAAAUUGCAGUUGCUGGAUUAUAAAUUUCCAGUUUACUUAAUUUGAAAUGGAGUAUAAUAAAAUAAGCAAAGUUAGAAAUGGAAAAUGUCCAUUUGCUCCUAUCCUGUCUGUUUCCCUCAGCAAAGUGGGGGUGUUCCUCAGGUUGUCUGCAAUUUUGUGGCUGUGGCAUUGACAGCCGAAUCCAUCCCACUCCCACCCCUUGCUGCAGAAUUUCGUUCCAGAACCUAAAUAUAGAGCUGCUCCUAUGCACUGUGGUGAUGCAAAUAAAUAAUUAGGUUUUUAAAGAAAAAAAGUCCAGCCCUUAUGACUGAAAAUAAAACAUUUUAAAUGU